UUACAAAGUCACCCGUCCUGACAAUUGCACAACAUCAACAAUCCGGUGACACAAGUUAAAAAUAACAAGAGAGAAAGAGAGAGAUUGCAACACGAUCAAUCGCUCUUGGAUUUUCGCAUAUCGAAGUCGUCGUUCUUGCAAACCGCACACACUUCUGACCCACGUACGCUCGUUUUUUAAAAAUCACACGCGACACACUCGACACGAUGGCUGGAAAGGGAAAGAAGGGAAAGUCGAAGGGCGGAAACAAGCCCAAGGCUGCGUCGCAGGCGCCCAAGCAGACCCCGGCGGUUGAGGCUGGAGCCGCUGCUGCUGCCGUUGCUGCGAACUCGUCGCCUCCCAUUGACAGCGAGCUUAUUACGCCAGGCGCGUUGGAUUUGAAGAUCAGUGAUCCGGAGGUCGCUGCGGUUGCGGGAGAGGAAGCGGGGGAUAAGGCGGCGUCUGAGACUGGUGCUGCUGCCGCUGCCGCUGCUCCUGCCGCUAAGGCUGUGGAGAAGGAGACAGAGGCGCCAGUUCCUGCUGCUGAGAAGCUGCAGAAGGAGGAGCCUGUUGUCGCUGAGACGAAGAAGGAGGAGCCAAUUGUCGCUGCUGCUGAGAAGCAGAAGGAAGCGCCAGUUGUCGCCGAGAAGCAGAGGGAUGCGCCAAUUGCUGCUGAGAAGCAACAAAAGGAGGCACCUCUCCCUGCUGCCGUAGGCGCACAGAAGGAUGUGUCAGCUCCCGCUGCUGAGUCGAAACAAGCUCCCACCAUCGGAGGCGCAAGCGCUGCCCCUCUCGCUGCUGGUAUUGCGUCUACUAAGAGCGACUUCCUGGCAAACAACAACCCCUUCAUCGCUGCGCCCACAAAGGAGGCCCCCCCCGCAGUCGCCGCGCCCGUGAAGGAGACCAAGCCCUUCGAGAGCCCUGCCGUCGCUGCACCUGUUAAGGAGACCCCAGCACCAGCAACCGAGACGGAGGCAUUCAAGGAUAUCCCCAUCCAAUCCGAGGAGACCGUGCCAGCUCCCAAGGUCCAGCAACCAGAGGUCGCCGUGCCCUCGCACGCAACCCCACCUGCCAGCACAAACCCCUACACGCAGCCACUCAAGACAACCAACGAAGGCGUAGCCAAAGUCGAGAAGAAGAUCGCCGCCGACGGCUUCGAAGCCGCUCCCCUAGCCAAGCCCACCCCCCUCCCCACGGCACCCGACCACGUCACGGAAACCACCCCUUACCAACCCCCCGCGCCCGCCGCCGCCGUCCCGCAACCGCAGCAGCCCACCACCACCACCGCGGCCGCCCCCAUCCCCGCACAGGACACGACCACCGGCACCGCAGGAGUGCGUUCCCCGUCCCCGUCCCCCGCCCCCGCUCCCCGCCCCGCCUCCGCCACGCCGCUCACCGAACUGAAACUGAUGCAGACCUCAGCGUCCGACGCCGAGCACAAGUCCGGCUGCUGCGUCGUCCAGUAAGCUGGCCCGCGGGGCGCCCGAUUCCGAUUCCGCGAAGAUGCAGGCGCCGAAGAGAAGUCCGUCGCGGAAGGAGAGCGAGGCGAAGGAGUUCUGGCCGGCUGUGUAUACGUCUUCUCCCCGCCCUGAGGAGAGAGGUGGGGAUGGGACCAAGACUCAAACUCAAAUGAAGACUCAAACUCAGAAUCAGACUCCCACACCAUCAGCGCCUUCAAACCACCCGCCCGCCCUCGCAUCACCAGCACACAUCCCCUCUCCCCUCCCCACCACCACCUCCACAACAACCACCAGCACAUCCCGCACCCCCCC